AUGGACGACUAUGUCAAGAACAUGUUGGAAGAUUUUCCUAUCAAGGUCAACAAGGAUUCAAAGCAGGAAACACCAGCUGGUUUCACUUUGACUUUCAUUGGUGGUAGUACUGCCAUUGGACAAGAUUUGCCGCCUCAUCUUCAAUUUCCAACAACUGCAACUGCUCCUGAACGAAUGAAGUUGAAUUCUGAAAUUGCAGUUCACCUUUGCCAUGCACUUGGUCAAUGGGGGCUGCCUGGUGUCAAAGCAAUGCCGGUGGCAGUGGGCAUGAACCAAAAGGGUGGAAUGGACGACGAAGAGUUUGCAAAGUUUGUACAAAAUUCAAUCAUGCCACUGUAA